AUGGGAGAGAGCUCCGCGCAACCGGUACAAAUGAAAGAAGUGAAUUCCGUGCAACUAAUAGGAACGAAGGAAAUGAAUUCCGUGCAAUCAGUAGGAAUGAAGGAAGUGAAUUCCAAUGAAUCGCUGAAUGGUUCGAUGAAAUCCGUUGCAUCACAAGAUCAACAAAAGAACAGCUCGAAAGAGAAAACUGACACUAGUGUAACUGAAAGCGCACAGCAACAACAAAGUAUAUCUGAAAUAAGAAAUGAAGAAUGUCCCAAAGAGUCAAGGACAGCAGCCGGUGCGGAAGGAGAUGUUGUGGAAGAAAACACAAUGGAAGUUGUUCGACUGGAAGAAACAAGUAAUGAAACAAAAAAUAGUGGGAUACUGUCAUACAUGAGGCAUCCAUCAGAGGGACACUGCCUCAUGAUUGGUAGUAAUUGGCGUGAAUUUGGUCCCGUACCAGUUUUGAACGCUGGUCGAACUGGCCGUGUUCGCUUACGCAACAGACUAUUCAUCAAGAAGUGUCGCAACAAGUAG